AUGACGACGACGACGGCGAUAACAACACCAUCAGCAGCUACCUCACUUUCAGCGAUUGAUCCACAAUUAUUAAAACUACUUGCACGUCAUCAUCAACAUUUACAGCAACAGCCAGCUGCAAAAGAAUUUCUUCAACACGCGUUUUACUAUAAUCAUACACCACCAAAUCGAGUGGCUACGAAUUUACCUCGACAUCUGCUCGGCAAUGGUUUAUCGAAAUUGAAUACAGAAAAUUCGUUGGCAAAUCUCAAACUGUCAGCUAUUAAUGGUAAAAUCGACUCACAACAAGCAUUUAAUGAUUCUUCAAUUAAAAAACUAUCGAAAGAACCAUUAACGUUCGAUCAAUGGCUUCAACCACCAAUCGGUUCAAUGAUCCAGGGACCACCCUGUUUACCAGCUGAUACAUCAACUGCAUCUCUCAAAAGUGAAACUGUCUUAUCAUCAGGUGAACGUAUUACAUGUUUUAUCGUUGGUGGUGAAAAACGUUUAUGUUUACCGGAAAUACUUAACACAGUUUUGAAAGAUUUUUCUCUACAAGAAAUCAACGCAGCAUGUGAACGUCUACAUAUUUACUGUUCACGUUGCACAAGUGAGCAGUUAGAUAUCCUAAAACUGAUUCAAGUUCUGCCGAUCAACGCUCCAUCGUGUGGUUUAAUAACUCAAACAGAUGCUGAACGUCUUUGCGCAAACUUAUUGCAAUUACGUUACAAAGGACAACUACGUUCAGUUAAUUCCUUAGCAGCAAAUCAGUACGAGCGUCUAUACUCGAUCAAAGUUCAACAUAAAUGCUUUGGAAAAUGUUCCGGAACAUUAUAUCCAACAUUGUAUGUUGCACCACACGCCGAAUGUAUACAAUGUGAUACAUGUCAAGCAUUAUUUUCACCUAAAACAUUUGUUUCGCAUGGACACAAAUCCGAAGAAAAUCGUGUUUGUCAUUGGGGAUUCAAUUCCGACAAUUGGCGUGCCUAUUUAAAACUACGUUCGAGUGAGGACACCCGAGCGCGAGAAGAAUUGGAAUUAAUGAAAGAGAAAUUUCUCAACAACAACAACAACAACAAUAACAAUACUACAACAACAAAUAACAACCCGAAAAAACGAUUGUCACAACCAAUGGAUUCUCUAAUACCAGCAGAAAAACGCGUAAAAACAAAUCCAUCAUCGUCGGGUGAUAGUUGGCUAGCAACAAAUAACCUUUAUUCUCAUCCUCAAACAGCAUUUUCAACAGUGAAAAAAGAUAAUCAUUCGGGAGAUUAUUCAUUCGCUUCGUCUGUUCCUCGGCCAUCGCCAUUACGUGUGGUUCGUUCGAGUUCACCCGAAUUAAAUGAUCCAACAACUUCAUCCAUAACAAACUUUAAUGAUUUUACACCAGAUGGUAUUCGACAUAUCAUUGAAUCGACAGUUACGUCGCCACGCGGGCGUACUCAAUUAUUGGCGUAUAUUUCUCAAUUACAAUUAGCUGCUUAUGCACAAUCAUCAAGAACCAACACGUUGUCUGUUCAUGAUAACCAACAAAAUGAAACUAUUUUACUACGCCGAGAAAAUGAAUUACUUCGUGAACGUUUAUCGAAAUUCGAAUCGAUUCAAGUCUCAUCCAAUGCGAGUACAACUAGCAAAACAUCGUCACACGAUCAUAAUCAACAACACGAUAGCACUAUCGGAGAUCUGGAUGAUCUUGAAUCGACGAUUUCGUCGAACAGUGCAUCGUCAAUGAUGACACAAGAAACAACGAUUAAUGAUCAACGAAAAUACUUUGAUCGAAAGCGUCGUCUAUUAGCCGCUGAACAACAAAUACCUAUUUUAGAAGCAGACAUGUUAAUGGCAAAGAAAUCUGGCGUUUACAAGAAGGCUUGCUUAGACGAAAUUGUAGAUUCGUUGAAUCAAAAAGCUCAAGCUGAACGAGAGGAAAAUCAUAAUACUAACAGUGAUGAUGAUGAGAAGAACUUUCGAUCGCCGUCGACAACAAAUGAAAGAGAAGACGAAGACGAAGAGAUUGAUAUCGAUGAUGGUAAAAUUGCUGAAAAUGACCAAUAA